AAUCCAAAAACAGUACGUAAUAUCUUGAACAUGAACCGCUGAGACCCAUUCGUCCAAAUAGCGGCCGGUAGAACUCUUCGGAAUUCUCUCUCGCAAAAUCAAAAGACGUGACGAGAUAGAAGGACAGAGAGAGAGAGAGAGAGAGAUAAAAUAUAUCAAAGGAAGAAACAGAGUUACGAUACAGAUUUUUCCGAUCGCAAUUCUCGAAAGUCUCGACAAUCUCGACCAAUUUCAAGACACGGAAUCGCUGGUCCGGCGAGGGCUGGCUUCGUAGAUGCAAUCACGGCUCUAAUCAAAGCAAUCAUUGGGAUUAAGAUUUCGAGAGGCAGCAGAGAAUGCAUGAGAGCCUUCCCUAAUUCGCUGCUUGCAUGCCCUUCGUUUCACGGCGGUCGCGGUGCCCUACCCUCGGCCGGUGGGCAUCCCUCCGAUCUCACCUUCCUCGCCGGCGGUGGUUGCUGCUGAAAACGACGACCGCCUGUGUUUCCCCUUCUGGGUUUUUCGUCAUUUUGCAGAAUACUUCGUUUUUGAUUAAUCAGUAGGAAAUGGUUACGGUUAAGCAGCUUCAAGAUGUUAACUUUUCAUCACAAUGCUCUCCAUUUUCUUUGCAAGGUAUAAAAAUCCCCUUGUACCGCUUCGGUAGCAAUUCGAUAUUGGAUGAUGGUUGUGCUGGACGCAUCUCGUGCGUUCUAGAAGGAGAAGAAGAAGAGAGUGUACUAGAUUCUAUUGUUCUUGCUCAGUGGGAAGAUCGAAUGUGGAAAGGUCUAUUCAGAUACGAUGUGACAGCAUCUGAAAUUAAGCUCGUUGGUGGCAGGAAGAAGUUCAUUGCUCAGUUUAACGAAGGAUGGAGUAGGGAUUUUAUGCCGAGGAUGGGCAAGAACACAAGUUUCUGCCAAGAAGAUUUGUUCAAGUUUAGUUGGAUGGAACGGCACGAGGAGUUACUCUUUUCUGUUGCAAGUGGUGAAAAGUCGAACGCUGAGCUUGUUCUUUCAGCUGCUGUGCCUGAUUGUGCCUUACUUAUUGCUAUCAAUGUGUCCCCCGUGGAAUAUGGUCAUGUCUUCUUGGUACCACAUGGCUCUAAAAUUAUUCACCAGUUCCUGGAUAAAAGAUCAUUGGAACUUGUACUGCACGUCGCUGUUGAAAUAAAUAAUUGCUCUUUUCGCCUAUUCUAUGGCUAUUCACCUAGUGCUCCUCAUAUGUAUUUCCAGGCCUGCUACCUUCAAAUCCCUUUACCUGUUGAGUUCAUGCGUUUUGAUACAAUUUUUGGUGCUGGGAAAGAGGGGAUGCGUAUCUCUUCUGUUGCAGAUUACCCCAUUAAGACCCUUGUAUUAGAGAGCAACCACUUGAAGACGAUGAUGGAGGUUCUUGCUGAGAUCUGUUCGUGCUUACAGGAAAAGCUCAUUCCAUAUAAUCUGCUGAUAUCUGACCAUGGCAAAAGGAUAUUCUUAUUUUUUCAGCUACAAUCAUCAACGAACUCUAUCCUUUCUGCUUGGGAGUGUGGGGGAUACUUCUUGUUUAAAUCAAGAUCUGAAUUUGAUCAAGCUACUGAGGCGGCUCUGCUAAAACAGCUAAGUACAGUCUCCCUUGACGACAAGGGUUUCCAAGCAGUGAAGCUGCUCUGUUGCAGCAUUGCGAGCAAGUUUACUUCUUGAAUUUGGGAGCUGUAAUGUGAUUUGGCGUACCAAUAGUCAUUACGAAAGAGUAUAGUUCUCUUCCCUGUAAACCGCUUACCUUGGUUACGAAAUAAAGAUAAAACAGACCCAAUGAAGUUAUAUUCGGAUGAAUGUGUGUGAAUCUGUAAUCUGGAUGAAAGUGUAUAUUCUUGUUAUUGAAGUAAAAUCAAUUGAUGGAGCCGAAAAAUAA